UCUCUCGUACCCCGCGUCUCUUUUUCUCUCUAGAUUUCUCUUCCAAUCGAAAUCGCAAUCUCUGCAUUCACUUUCUCUCCGUAGAGAUUGUAAUCUUCUCACGCGCUUUCUUGAUGAUCUUUCUCACUUCGAUCCCCGGUGACAUGCCCGAAAAUGCUUCCCGUAGCUCCGGCGAGGCCUACUGAAUCGUCAAUGCACCAUCUUUUUAUCUCGAUCUAGUGUUAGAUGUUACUUUGGUUUCUUUCCGGAUAUCAUUUACAAUUGGGGUUCAGCAAAUGUUGAAGCCUAGGCUAAUAAGAUGAGCCUGUCUAAAGCAUCACGGCCAAAACCUCCGCUCGUUCCUCUUGCAACCCUCAUUGGUAGGGAGUUGAGGGGCGGGAAAGUCGAGAAACCUUUCAUCAAGUAUGGUCAGGCUGCUCUCGCUAGGAAAGGAGAGGACUACUUUCUUAUCAAACCCGAUUGCCAGAGGAUUCCUGGUGAUCCUUCAACGUCCUUUUCAGUUUUCGCGAUUUUUGAUGGACACAAUGGUAUUUCAGCUGCUAUAUUUGCUAAGGAAUGUCUUCUGGAUAACGUCUUGAGUGCGAUUCCUCAAGGCGUGAGUAGGGAUGAGUGGCUUCAAGCUCUUCCCCGGGCUCUGGUUGCCGGCUUUGUGAAAACCGACAUAGAGUUUCAGCAGAAAGGGGAAACUUCUGGCACAACAGUGACAUUUGUUCUGAUUGACGGUUGGACUAUAACUGUUGCCUCGGUUGGAGACUCGCGCUGCAUAUUGGACACUCAAGGUGGUGUGGUUUCUCUGCUGACUGUUGAUCACAGGUUAGAAGAGAAUGUCGAAGAGAGAGAACGCGUUACUGCCAGUGGGGGUGAGGUUGGGAGGCUCAAUGUUUUUGGUGGCAAUGAGGUUGGCCCUCUUCGUUGCUGGCCUGGUGGUUUGUGUCUUUCAAGAUCCAUUGGCGAUACUGAUGUGGGUGAAUUCAUUGUCCCAAUACCGCAUGUUAAGCAAGUGAAGCUUUCCCAUGCUAGAGGGAGACUCGUUAUUGCUUCAGAUGGUAUCUGGGAUGCACUAUCUUCAGAUAUGGCAGCUGAAUCUUGUCGUGGUUUACCCGCCGAGCUGGCCGCUAAGCUUGUUGUGGAGGAAGCAUUACGAACAAGAGGGUUGAAGGAUGAUACGACCUGUCUGGUUGUUGAUAUCAUUCCAUCUGAUUAUCUUGUCUUGCCACCAACACCGAGAAAAAAGCAGAACGCAUUCAGCUCAUUCCUCUUUGGGAAGAAAUCCAAGAAUUUCAACGUCAAAACUGGAAAUAAGCUCUCUGCUGUUGGAGUCGUAGAAGAAUUAUUUGAAGAAGGUUCUGCUGUGCUUGCUGAAAGGUUGGGAAAGGAUAUGCCCUCGAACACAGACACUGGACUCUUAAAAUGCGCGGUCUGCCAAGCGGAUGAGUCCCAUGCAGAAGGUUUAUCAACCAAUGGAGGCGCUCUCCUCUCCUCGGCCUCAAAGCAAUGGGAAGGACCCUUCCUGUGCACAACCUGCAAGAAAAAGAAAGAUGCCAUGGAAGGCAAAAGACCCAAUUAAAACCCGAACCCACGACUGUCUUUGUCUUGUCUUCCCCUGUGGUAAAUUUUCUAUUCACCUGUUCUCCUUUGUUUUCCUUCAUAUAGCCGGAUGGGCAGAGUCUGAGUAGUAAAGUAGUAAUAGAAUGGUCAUAGCUGUAACUAGUGUGGAAACAAGCAAAUGUUUGUAGAGGAGAAGAGUUAGAGAUCCGAUUCUUGUUCGAUUGUUUUGCCAAGACUUGUCGGGUUUGCGACCUUUGGCGGAUGUCGAUUACUCACUUGACUUCCGGAGAGAGGAAAUCCGGCUUCGUCUAUGGUGUUAAUGUGGUAGGGUUUGUUAAUAUACUAACAGUAACAGGGCAUCUCCAAGUUGUAAGUAAAGAAACAACUCAAGUUUGGUUUUUAUUAUCGCUGUCUUAUUGCAGCCAGCAUUUCUGUUUUGUCAGAUCUUCAAGGAGUUGUUUUUUGGAAUCUUGUCUUUGUUUCAGUUGUUUGUAUGGUCUGAUGUAUGAAACCUUAAGCGAGCAGAUGUCAAAUGAAGAAAGUACUCGGUGUGAUAA